AUGAAGACAACAACAACUGCAAAUCCGUUAAAAUUACCACAUAUUCCAGCAUCGAAACGUGGUCGUCAAACCAAUCAAUUACAAUUUAUGUCAAAAGUUUUAUUUAAAACUUUAUGGAAACAUGAAUUUUCUUGGCCAUUUCAAAAACCAGUUAAUGCUGCUAAAUUACAUUUACCUGAUUAUCAUAAAAUUGUCAAAUAUCCAAUGGAUCUUGGUACAAUUAAAAAACGUUUAGAAACAAAUUAUUAUUAUAGUGCUAAAGAAUGUAUAACUGAUUUAAAUAUGAUGUUUACUGAUUGUUAUUUAUAUAAUAAACCAGGCGAAGAUGUUGUCAUAAUGGGUGCAACACUUGAACAAGUUUUUUAUGAAAAAUUAGCUGAAAUGCCGUCAGAUGAAAUUGAAAUUGUACCUCAAUCGUCAAAAACAACUGCUUCGAAAGGUUUAGCACCUGGAAAUUUAGGAAUUUCAGUCAUUUCACCAUCAACACCAAGUGAAAGUAUUAAUUCUCCAUUAGCAUCUCCAUCAACUCCAUCGAUAGCAACACGUGCUGCUUCAGCUAGUACUUCCCAUCCAACUGGUACUAAUACAUUAACUCGACAUCGUUCAUCGUCAGCAACAAAUCCUAGUGGUGUAACAUCACCAUUUUCUCCUUCUAAUGUAAAUUCAAAUAAUAUCGAUCAUGUUGAACAACCAAUGUCUCCACCAACAUCAUCAUCACAACAACAACCACCACUGAUAUCAUCAUCACAAUCAAUGCCAAAUACAGCUACACGUAAUCCAUCAAUAGCAACUAAAGUUGCACCUGAACCCAGUCUUGAUACAUCAUCAUCAAGUACGAAACGAAAAGGUGAUAUGAGCGAUGAUACAACUAAUAAUGAUUCAACUAAAAUUACUGCACGACGUGAUAGUGCAACAAGACGAACGAAUAGUGUUAGUGGUCCAUUCAAACGUACGAAAUAUGAUAGUAGUUUUUCAAUUGAUUCAAAUGAUGCAUCAAUAAAACGAUCAAAAAAUCGUAUGACGGAACAGUUAAAAUAUUGUCUCAGUAUUAUUAAAGAUUUAUUAAAUAAGAAAAAUUUGUCGUUUGUAUGGCCAUUUGCUAAGCCAGUUGAUGUUGAAAAUCUUAAUUUGCUGGAUUAUUAUACAAUUAUUAAGAAACCAAUGGAUCUUGGAACAGUGAAAAGAAAACUUGAGAAUCGUGAUUAUGCAACACCUGACGAAUGUGCUACUGAUGUUAGACUUAUAUUUAGCAAUUGUUAUCUUUACAAUGCACCUACUACAGAUGUUGUGGCUAUGUGUAAAAAAGUCGAGCAAAUGUUUGAAAAUAAAUAUGCUAAAUUACCCGAUGAACCACCACCACCACCACCAAUGCCAACUCUUGAAAUUGAUCCAUUGUCAUCUACAAGUGCUGUACGCAAUAAUGGUCCAAUACCUCCUUCAGCACGACAACGUAUACGUAAAACAUCGAAAAAUUUUAGUAAUACUAGCGUUGGUGGUCCACAAUCAUCUAUGAUAACUAGUUCGGAUGAAGGUGGAUCAAGUGAUGAAGGUUCAGUUGAAGAAAUGCAAACUGAUGAAAAUACUUUACGACAAUUACAUGCACUUCAGAAUCAAUUAAAAUAUUUUGGUGAUACAAUAAAUCAAUUAAUUCAACAAGAAAAUGAUCGUCUUGCAGUACGUCGAAAACGUAAACAUAACGUUAAAAGAAAUAAUACUAAACCUCGUGGUCAUCGACAAACUUCAACUUUAUCAAAUACUAAUAUACCUCUAUCAACUUUACUUAAUGAUCAAAACCGUUUAUCUUCCUUAACAAAUGCAAGUUCUUUGUUUCCCUCAAAUACAUUUCCUAAUACACAUCCAACUAUAUCACCAACAGCUACACGUAAUCAAGCACCUACAGCUCCUAAAAGAACAAAAGAUACAACUCUUGAAGGUUUACUUACACCAUCUACACCAAGUGGAUAUUCAGCAGGUAGUAAUGCUAGAGCUUCGAAUGGUACAGGUCAAUUUAGUAAUGCCCAUACGGGUCCAUAUCUUCCAAAUGAUAUGACUAUGCCUAAACAACCACAACCAAUGAAAAAUACAACACCAAUGACUGGUAUUAGUGCAGGUUUAGGUGGUCGUGGUUCUGGUAAAGGUAGUCGUGGUGCUGGAGCAAGUGGUACUGCACCAAAACCACGAUCGAAGAAACCUAAUGCAACUGCAACAGGAGCAAUAGCAACAGCAAUGCCAACAAAUCCUAAUCCUCCUCAACCAAUUGUAUCUACAUAUGAUAUUGAUAAUGAAGAAAAUCCUAAACCAAUGACUUAUGAAGAAAAACGUCAAUUAAGUCUUGAUAUCAAUAAUUUACCGAGUGAAAAACUUGGUCCUGUUGUUGAGAUUAUUCAUCGUCGAGAACCAUCUUUACGUGAUUCAAGUCCAGAUGAAAUGGAAAUUGAUUUUGAAAUGCUUAAACCAUCUACAUUACGUGAAUUAGAAGCUUAUGUAAAUCAAGUUAUUAAAAGAAAACCACGUAAACAACCAAAUACAUCUGCUACUACUGAAAAACGAAAUCUUGCCAAAGCUCAAAAUGCACAGAAAAAAGAAGAAAUUCAAAAACGACUUGAAAAAGUACAAACACAAUUAGGUACUAAAACGAAACAAUCAUCAGCUAAUUCAUUGAUAAAACGAGAUUCUUCGAAUUUCAAUUCAAUAACCGGUGCUACAGCUGGCCUUACAAAUGUUUCUUCAAGUCAUCCAUCAACAUCAGCACCUGCUGCACAAAUAUCAUCGAAACGUUUAAGUGAAAGUUCAGCAUCGGAAAGCGAUUCUGAUUCAUCACGUAAUGGAAACGACACUGACUCCGAGUCAGGCACCGACGAUAUCAAAUCAGCUGCUAAUGGAAGUGCUGCUAACGUAUCGUCAAGAACAAAAGAUCAGAAACGAUUUUUUAAUCGUAUUUGUCUUUGCAUUGAAGAUGAUAUAGGUGCAAAUGUAACUGAUAGUGGCAAUACAAUGAAUGAAUCGACUGAACGACAAACAAGUUUUCAUUUGGGUGGAAAUGAUGAUGAUCUAUCGAAUGAUUCACCACCACGAUCUUCACCUACAUCGAAACCAAUCGGUGAAGGAGAAUCAUUAAAACGAGAUUCUAGUCUAUCAAAAUUAACUGGCGGUAGUUCAUUAAGGAAAGAUAACUUUUUAACAUUAGCAGCUGCGGCUGCUACUACAUCAGCGCCAUCAUCAACAGUCAAACCUGAUGAUAAAGUAGCACAAGAUCGUUUUAUGCAAUAUCAAAAACAAGCAAAAUUGAAAGCCGAACAAGAAAAAUUGUACAAAGAACAGGAAGCUAAGAAACGUGAAGAUGAAGCAAAACAAGCACGUUCACAAUCUCGAAAAGAAACAAAUGGUAACCAUCUAACUGAUUCAACAUAUCGUAACUCAACAAAUCAAAAUUCAUCAGCAACAUUAUCCGAUACAUCUCCAUCUCCUCCCAUGAUUCAAAAUUCAAUGUCAACACCAUCAAUAAAUCCACCACAAGAAGCAGUUAUUGAUGAUAAACAACGACAAAAACAAGAAAUUGCUAAACGACGUGAAGAAGAUCGCAAACGUCGAGAAUGUCAAGCACUCAAUCAAUCAUUACCAUUUAAUCGUCAUACUGAUGUUGAUUUUUCAUUUAUGAAGUGA